UGGGAAGUCUACUAGCAUGCUUACUACAAGCAUUCAGCUCAUUUGACGAAUUUGUUCAAACUUCUUAACCUCCCAGGGGCCUGACAUAUUUUUUAUAAAGUCAUCCCAUAUUGAAAUGGAUACACGUUUUGUUACCACUGUACUAAGAGAUGAUAUCUCACCUCCUGAUCUUACGGAUGACCUGAAGCUCCUUUUCGGCAAACUGACAGAAUGCAGGAGGAGUUGCCUAAAGCGCUGCAAAGAGCGUUCCCUAGAGGAAGCUUUCAAGAUUCUCAAAGAAAGAAUUCAGCUGCAGUCUUUGGAGAGGUCACAGCUUCUCUCACUCGUCAAGCUGCUUGUUGCUAUGCAGAUGGAUGCUAUGGACGUUUCAGUUCUAUGUCGAAAACUUGACCAGAUGGUCCAGUUUGUUGGUGAAAUGAAUUCAGAUAUUGUUUUUGAAGAAGUUCAGCGACACACUAAUACCAUAAUGCACAGCGACCAGAUUAUGUCAAUCAGGGAUCUCCAGUUAGUGUCCAUGUUCCUGGAGAGCAGCACUCUUGGCCAGGGAAUGUUUCGACAAGAGUGCCAUUCUCUACUCGCCAAAAUCGCUGAAGUGUUUGUGUCUUCCCAAGGAGGGGAUGAUUUUAGAGAUGAAGCUUUAUGUUACCAGGCUGUUAAGGUUUGUCUACAGAUUUUUCAGUUAUUGCCCAAAGAAGUGUCCCCUAUGGUGUUUGGGACAGAAGAAACCAACCCUGUUAUGAGCCGCAUUCUGGGGUUUCUCAUGGACAUCCUUCUAGGAUGGAGCACCAACAAAGACACAAGACUUUUGGCAGGCACGGCAGUGGCCAUGCUGGUUAACACGGCUCCGAAUGAGAACGCUGCAAGGAUGGCUGCAUUGUCUCUCCUUCACCUCACUAGAACAGAACCGAGGCAGCUGACUCUGGGAGGACUUCAGGUGCAGUGUCAUUGCAGAGCAGAGGACGGAUUGCAGAGACUGGCUUUGAGCCGAGGUUUACUGACUGCCUGCAGGAAGGACAUCCUUGCCUAUGGCCUUGAUCCCAGGGAGACUUGCCUUCUCCUGGAUAUAUUCCCUGUUGUUGCUGCUCUGUGUGAAGAUUCAUUAGACGAUCACUACUAUGCAUUCCAAGUGUUUACCCUUUGGCUAAAAUGCCUGAAGGCGUGUCUGCCAUCUAUAUGGAAGAUGAGCAGUGUCCCACUGAUGGGACAAGACUCAAGUCUUCAAUGCCAAGUCAUUGAGGUCAUUUGGAACAACGCCGAGAGCCCAAUUGAGGGGAUCACGGAAUCUGUUCGCAGUGCCCUGUGUCUAUUUAUGGAAAUCUACGAAUGUGACUGUCGGCACCAUGACGAUGCAGAGAGGGUACUCUACCGGGAACUGCUGCAUCGCACUAUUGAGUUGCCCUGGGAGACCAAAGCCAAGUACUUGUUCCUCUGUGCUCUUCUGCCAUACUUGGGCUCUGGAAAGGUUUUAGAGAAUUAUGCUGAGUUUCCUGCUCAUCUCUUGAAAUGCCUCUCCAUCAAUCAUCUUUCUCCAUGGGCCUGUGAGUUUUAUAAAUCAUUCAUUCAAGAGCAGCGACGAGAGUUGUGCAAAAUGCAGCCAUCACCACCUUCAGAAUUCGAACUAGCCUCUAAGUGGAGUCAAUAUUGGCAAGCAACUCUCCUGGAGGCACUAACCUCCGAUGUGAAACUCUUGCAGACCAAUGCAGUCAGCCACCUUCUGCCUUGGACUCUGCGUACUUUUCCAUCUGCUUCUAUGAUGCUGAUGGAUCCCCUGGACCCCACCUCACAGGGCCAUCUCAGAGCGUGGACCUGCAUCAUGAGCUGUCACAGAGCCACCUGUGGAGGAUCCUCUUGGAUAUCUGAGGGUAGCCAUGCGUUUCAAACUCUGCAGAAUGCCUUGACUUCUCUUGAUGACGGUGUCCGUUUGGCUGCACUCAACGUGCUGUGCUGCAGCCCAAAAUCCACGGAAAUGCCAAGUGCCUUGGAAUUCUCAGCCUUGAGGAACUUCAUCCCUCUCAACCUCAACAGCGAGGCACCAGCAUUCCGGCAGCAGCUUUACUCCGCUGUGAAGAAGUUUCUCUGCAGAGUGAGAGACACUUGUUUGGCCAAAGUGCUGAAAAGCAAGAGCAAGAUGGGCCUUGCUCUAGAGGAUAAGAACAUACUCUGUAAAGGGGUUGAGUUUGUGGACUGGGUGGCAGAGCUAGCUUUCCUCUACCUAAAUCCUGUAAGCAAUUACCAGAGAAAGAGGACUGUUCUGUUACUGCUGUCUGCUGUGUUAGAGACAUGCACCGACACCUGGAGCCCUGAGAAGAAAAAAGGGCAGCCACCAGCUAAUAUAUCCACAUUAAUUACCUGGGCCAGAUCGAAGGGAAGAUGGGACUUCUUUUCCAAGUCAAAACAACUGGUUCUCAUAAACUGCUUGGAAGAUAUGACAAAUGAGAUAUGUGAACUGUCUGCUGAGGUGCUUGUCCUGUAUUUUCCCAAAUUUCCGGAUGAUGUCAUUCCCUUGGUAUUCCGCCGUGCUGAGCAUUUGCUCCACAGUCCCCGCCCUCAGGAUUCUCAAACAGGCGCCCUCAUGAUGAAGGUCCUUCUACAGAUCAGGUCUGAGAAUCUGUCUCCAGCAUGGCGAAAGAGCAGAGUUCAUGGAGAUGGAAACAUCACCUCACUUUGCCAGUACCUCCUUCAGUUGAUACAGCAGCAGUACUUGACGGCCAAAACAGACAUGCUGACGGCUUCACAGACAGCACCCCUUCAUGGUGCUGUGACGGCUUUACAGAGGUGUUUGCUGGAGGUGCCUGGUGUCUUGUGUAAAGAAAUGGAUGAUGACAUGAUCAGAAAGACUCUCAGCGUGAUGGAGAACAUGACCGUUCUCUUGCUUGGUGUGCUGUAUGGGGACCAGGACACAGAAAGUAAAGAGGUCCCCCCAUCCUUUUUUGAAAUGGGAAAUGCAAUCAGCUGUGUGAUCGGUCAGCAGUUGGGUUCUGAUGAUCCUGGGGAGGAGUAUGUCCUGCUUUCAGAGGAACACAGCCUGGUGCUCAGUUGUUGCUGGAUCUCACUAAAGGAAAUAGGAAUAUUUCUGGGCUCCCUUGUUGAGAGGAUGGUUGCCGGGGGGCCAAAUAAGCUGGAUCACUCAGUGACUGCACAUGAUAUGAAGAGGAUGGCCAAACUGUAUAAAGACAUUAUCUUGAAGUGUCGACACUGGGGGGCAGUAGAAGGGUGCUGCCGUGGAUUCAUCAAGUUUUGCAGCACUCUGCUGUUCAGUGCAGACCCAGAGGUUCGAGAUAUCCCUGCACAGUUGCUGAAAGAAGGUCUCCAACUUCUCCAGUCUCCCCGUGGCACCUCAGUGACUCGUCGAGCCGCAGGUCUCCCAAUGCUCUUCCUCUGCGUGGUUUCAGCCGCUGAGUCCAGUCAGAGCAGGUCUCUGCUCCCCCUCAGCAUAAACACCCUUCUGGAGGUGGCAAAUGGCCCUCUACCGGACAACUGGGACCAGACUCUUGAUCUACCACAGGUGUGUGCUGUUCAUACUCUAAAUGCUUUAGUUCGUGGAUCUAGUCUGGGUGUGGCCAUUCAGAAAUAUUGUUCAGAAAUGACCACCCUUGCCCUGACUCUUCUCAACUCCUGCUGCUGGGCCGUGAGGAAUGCAGCAUUGCAGCUUUAUAGUUCCCUGUGCACACGAAUGCUUGGCCAGAGCCCCGGAAGUGUGCACGCCUCCACCCAGUGUGGCAUGUGCCCGCUGACCUUCUUCACCCACUACCCUUCGCUGUUGCCCUUCCUCCUCGCUCAGCUCAGAGAUGCCGCCCUAGAUCUUCAGGAUUCGUCUCAACUCAGACGACUGUGUGUCCAUCCCUCCCUUUACCCUGUGCUGACCCUCCUGGCCAAACUCCAGCCUGGACUUCAAACUGAAACCAGAGAACUUUCAGACGCUGUGACACUGUUGCUCCAAUUAGCCUCCAGUCCUGUGUACAGCAUCAGAGUGAUGGCGUCCAAAGCACUCGUGGCCAUGAUGCCUUGCGCUAAAUAUACUGUUUACCUCAUCAAGCUGGUUGAAGAGUUACCAAAAUCCGGAGAGGAGCCCUGCUUUCACAACUAUUUGCACGGCCAACUCCUUCAGAUCAGAGCUAUACUAACUCAAGUUCUGCAUACUGACAAAACUGCCUUAAAUUCACUCCGUCUAUUUGUGGAAGUGUUGGAGUCCAAGAUUUGGCUUGUGACAAGUGGCCAGAAGUGCCUUCUGAUCCGAGUGUUCUAUCUGGAUGUGGUCUGCCUGGUGAGGAGCUGCUGCUCCAAGGGCUUCCUGCACCAGUUGUGUGCACUGCUUCUGUCAGAGCUUCACACCUCACCACACCACACACAGGUUGGCUCAGACUCCUUUCACGAAGCAGUGGUUUACUUCCUGUGUGAAGAUCCAAGUUGGGUGUGUCUGGUGUGGCAGCGUUUCUCCAGUUGGAGUGCUGCUCUUAAGCUGCCAUUGCUCAGAUGGGCGUCAGAGGGAGGCGGCUCAAGUAUGACCGAUAUACAGCCUCUGCUAGAAAAGACUUUGCAGGUUAACCUGAAGGACGUGUUACUGAAUGAAGAUACUGAAAUCAGGGGAGUGUAUCUCAAGGCCCUAGUAUCAGUCAUGGCUGGAGGAGUCGGUGGCUUGGUACUGGAGGAAACGGCUAUCCAAGAAUGUGCAGAGAUCCUGGUUAGGAGCUUGGAGGUCUCUGAUGGGGGGUCCGAGUACCGCUCACGGGCCCUGUGUGCCAUCAGCCUGCUACUCUCUGAAAGCCUGGACUGGACCUUGUGUCCGCGCUGGUGCAGCCUACUAGAGCGUCACAUGGUGCCACACGCCUCGGAGGCCCUCAGACUGGCCUGUGCUGAGUCCCUCUGCUUGGCAGGAGGUCCUCUGAUGCGGAAAGACCAGAAAGACAACGUACACAAACCGGAUUUGAGCCUCAGGUUGAUCAACACAGGCUUGUGGUUACUUCAGGAUCAGAGUGAACAUGUGAGGGUGAAGGCUGCUGUCUUUGUGUCAAAGGUUCGCAAUCCCACCCCAAGAGGAAGAGGACGACAGCAGAGUUCUUUUUUGAUCCAUGUCAACCAAUCCAUGCUCAUGCUCCUGGACCUGCUCUUGGAGGAAUUCUGGGAUCACUCCGGCAUUUUAGAGGUUUUACUUUCCCAUUUACCAGAGUCAGACUUCAGCAGUGUUCUAAAAGACACCAAGGAAUCAAAAUUCAGCAGUCUGUACGAACGAGACGAUGCCAAUGUGUAUGUGGAGCCCUUGGCCGUCAGCGAGUCUCUUCUGCCCUAUCUGCUCCAACUGGCUGGGAGGUACUCUGAAUCGUCAACGCUGGCACAGAGGCUGGAUCACUGGGUGAAGGAUCAUUUGGCUCAAGUGCUCGAGAACCUUACAGUCUGUAAAAAGAUUGUAUCAGGCCUGCAGAGUCUGGAAUCUUCUUGGCUGAGCUUUCUUUCAGAUCCUCUUUUCCACACCAAUCUGUGUGGACUUUUCGCAAGAGCAAUCUUUCUAAAUCAACUUCUGAUCUCUGGCGAAUUGCACCCCCUCUGUGAUAGCACUACUCUGUCUAGAGAUUUGCUGGAUGUCCACAGACAGCUUUGUAUGAAUGGAGUUUUCUUGCCUCAAAUCUUUCCUGAUGCUGUAAUGAGGUUGUUGGAGAAGUCAAAUAUCCAGGUGGUCUAGGAUGGCUUAGGUUACCAGUUGAUAAAAGCAAGAUGUCUUGAAUUCAGCAGUGCAUGGAUCAUGUGACCCGGCUGACAGAAACUCCACCCAGUCUGAGAUGAGUUGAGAUGAACAGUGACUGCUGUAUACUUGAUUGUAUGUUCGAGCAUCAUUUUAGUGUAAAUGUGAAGUUAGAGGAACAUAAUGUUCUGUCUCAUACUGUUGAUGCAGAUGAAGACAGGGGUGAACUUCUCUUGUGCCUUGGUAAACGUUUUGUUUUAGUGCAAAUGUACUUUUACCAAAUAAAAAGAAUCAGAUGAUCAAGACAAUCAGUGCUUUUGAGAAUCAUAUACCCGCAAAUCAAGUACCGCAUAUGUUCUGAAUGUCUUCUGAUGUAGUUAUUUGCCAGAGUAGAUUUGGCUAGAUUUUGUGUAAUUAGCCAAACAUAAUACUGUGAGAAAUGGUAGGAAAUAUACAAUGUGUCAUUCGAAUACUGCACUGCUAUUGCCAAAGGUGGACCAGUAUUAAUGUCUAGACUACCAUGACUUGUUCCAGUGGUGUAUGACUGCUAAAAGUGAAAGGAGAUUGAAUGUGUUCAUAUGUAUGUUGAAAUCAGUUAACAUGCCUCAGUAAAAACACUGCAAGCA